CAUGAAUUUGACACACCCACCCCCUGGAAGCCUGCAUGGCGCUACUGCAAUGUAUUGCAUUUUGACCCCGGACAUUCAACCUCGAUAGACUUUUUGCCAUGAACAGGUGUUACAAGAAAUCGUACAGCACAAGCUCAAUAUUUACUAUGAGCAAAGUAUACUCUGAGAGAAUACGUCCAUUCGGAAGCGUCUUGUCGUGUUCGCAACGAGCUUGCAGUACCUAAAUGUUCUCAGAUAUCGAUCGAACUGUUAACAAGACUCCCUAUCUGAACGCGAGGAUCCCCCACGGCAUAUCAGGUGCAGCCAGUCACAGCUCUUAAACACCCGAUGACACUUCUCAAAACAUCAAAGGCCAAGGGGGCUGUGCAAGAGGAGAAACAACAAUUUGAAUCCCAAUUUUCGAGCGAGCUCAUUCCUCUUUCGUCCGAGACUCCCGAACACGAUAAGAUCCUCAAGUGUGAUCCUAAGGCCUAAGCCCAUACAACAAAGCCUAGAACGCCUCCUAGUAUCAAUAUUCUGUCUGUACUGCCUCCAGCUUUGGCCUUGUGGCUAUAUCUUUUGGCGAGAUUGCGGUAAACCUCCGCCCUCUUUACUAGGCUGGGGUCGUCCCGAAACCGACGGCAUAGUCUAGUCCAACCCCAUAUUCAAGGAAUGGCCUCGGGAUAUGGAGCUCACUAUGCCGAGCGGGGCUUCGUUUCGUGGGUGAGGCAUUGGCCAACUCUUGGUGAGACUAUCGUCAAUGUCGUCACUUUUGCCAACUCUUGCAAUGCCUACAUUCCGAUACGGGGGGAAAGAGGCAGCUUGUCGUAUUGUCUAGUCACGAGAUCCGAUUCAAUGCUGUUCUUGACGAAUGUCUUGGAUCAACUAAACCCAUGCGCCUCAAGCCAACAUUAGUCCAGAAUAUGCCAACAUAUCGAUGUCUUUAGACUAACAACUCCUCAAUUUUGCCAAGCUUUACCCAGUGACAUACAAAAUCGAAAUCCUUGCAGGGAUAUUCAGACGGGCAGUUAUCUCAACACCAACUAGAGCCAGAAAUUCUUCCCAUACCUUCCCGAUCUGGAAGUCCAGACAUUGACACGGUAAAGGACUUUAGGCGAGGUCUGAGGUGACUCUCAAAAUGUCAACUGAUCGGUAAUCAAUGUUGUGGUGUUCUAUAAUCAAGGUAACAAGACGGUUAUGUGAGGAUAUCCAUGGGAUUUAGUUAGGGACCUCAUUUUAUUAACCCAGGUUCCUCAUCUAAGUCUAGGUGGUCGGAUCAGAAAUCUCUCGCAGAUGUGACCAGGGUCCAAUCGAAAAUCCCGAACUCGAAUCUAGGCUCAACGCUAAUACCAAUACCAGAACCUAGUGAUAUUCUCAUCUGUCCGACACCGAGGAAUUCAGUAACUCGUCGGCCUCCAAAUCCCUAAAGCCCUCCGAAACCAGCAACGCCACAGCGCACAAGCCACCCGCCUCAUCCCUGUUCUCAAUACCGCCCCGCCGGGAGGCAGCUCAGUUCAGCUCAUCCAUGCAAGGAACCCAGAGCGCGGACCAGACGUGGCUCAGAUCAACAAUAACGUCACUUAAGCAAAGCCAUUCAUGAAUCCUGCAAUUUGCAAUAACCACGCUUGAUUCGUGGCUUGGCUUAUGGAGAUGAAGCCCGUGAUUCUACUAUGGCGCAGCAGCUGGGCUCGUGAUAGUACAGUUUGACGACGUCAGAGGAGAGCUCAGCCCGUGGUCAUUGGGCUUUUCCAUUGAUUCAUACAGCGGAUACUAUACAGAUGCGACUAGUUUACAGAUUUAUACAGCCUCACAGCUAGCUCAAGGCCAUCAAGGGUCCAAGCUGCCAUGUCGAGCUGGGCCCAUAAGCUCCAGCUUCUCCACACGUUUAUUUCAGCUCAGCUACCCUAGCUCAGACCCAGUCUAUCGAAGCUCAACGCCCAGCUCCUUGACCAAAGCUUUGCGAACAUCCUCGUGGAAAGCGACGGCCUCAUCGUUAGUCAGAGUCCGCUCCAAGCUGCGGUAAACAAUGCGAUACGCCAUGCUCUUGCGGCCCGUCUUGGGAUGCGUGAACUCAUCGAUCAGGCGCACAUCCUCGACCACGUCACCCGCCACGUUACGGACAAUUUCCAUAACGUCGUUUUCGUGGAAUGUGCCCUUGGUGUUGCCACCUGCUGCUGUCGUGGAGCUAAGCCAGAAGGACACGUCCUUGGGGCAGGGAGGAUACUUGGAGAAGGGGACGAAGCGCUUCAGGUUGUCGAGAUUGUCGGUGACGCCUUCAAACUGGGAUAGGAAGCGCUUGUCUUUUGACCAGAAGAGGCGAAUGUCGGGGAUCUUGAAGAGAAGCAUGGCAAUGCGGUCGAUGCCAAUGCCAAAAGCCCAACCCAGUUGGUUAGGUACACCAGCGUUGAUGUAGAUAUCCUGCUUGACCACACCACAGCCCAGGACCUCGAGCCAGUCGCCGGCAUAGUAGACUUCUAGCUCCCAUGAGGGGCUGGUAAAGGGGAAAUAAGCUUCUACCCAUCGCAUUUGAAGAGGUUCAUCCACAAAGUUGGGGUCAUCUUUGAUCGCAGCAGCCUUGGCCCGGGAGAAGAUAUCGACAACCAUGUUUUCUAGUGACCUCUUGAGAUGAGCACCGAUGGCCUCGGCCUCGGCAGCUGUAUGGUGAGCAUCUUGGAGAGGGUUUGUGUCAGGAUGCAUAGGAGGGUUCGGGUCGUCAACCUUGACUCCAUGAACGGGUAGCUUCUCAAAGUCCUUCCAUACCGCAGCAGCAACGUCGCCAUUGGGAACUUUAGUACGAUCCCACGACAUUGCACCCUCCAUCUGAUGGAACACAGGAUAGUGACUUCGGUCAAUGGCAUCUCGCCUGUACACAUCGGCAGACACAAGGUAUCCCGCGCUCUGGUUAGCUCGGAAUGUGUCGGCCUGGUGAGCACUCGUAUGUGUUCGUAGUAGUGUCUCGCUAUUCAAAUAGUAUGUAUCGGACAGGGCGCGACCGGGAUGAUUCGCGGGGAAUCCUAGCGAGUCGAAGUUCUGAGCUGUCGACACCACAGGGCUGAACUCGUUGUGAUACUUGUACGUCGGCUCAGGGAAGUUGGCCUGAAUAAUCUGGCGGGUGAUAGACACAGGAUGGUCUUUCAAUAGGUGAAGUUUCCUUGUAGUGGCAUCGAGGACAUUGUCGGGUACAUUGAACCAUUGAGGAUCAGUCUUGAUGGUCUGGUCGCGGAUAGUCACGGAGCCUGGAGAUCCCGUCGGGGGUGCUGCAACAAGGCCGAACCAGUCAGCGAGACGCCCAUGCAAGUAAUUGACUGGAAGUAGACCGACCCGACGAGUAAGUCCUCACGGCGCAAGCUGUUCGUAGGAGAAUAGAGCUCCGGGAAAGCUGGGCGGCUCGCGGGGCAGAAGCCCUCAGGCAUCGCAUGCCCUGGACGUAGAAUCUCAUUCUGAAGACUUGUGAAGCUCGACAAUUACAUCACAGGCCGAACGGGCCACGCAAUAGACGCCAAUGGCUGAUUGAUUUAUCGUAAAUUGAAUACUCGAACGCCGAGAGUGGUUCCACGAUUGGUUUGUUGUACACCAAAACUGCAAAAAUGUUCGGCGUUCGGCCUUACAGCUCCUCCGGAUAUAACCAACCCGACUCACUCACAAUUAACUUCAACUUCAGCUCUUCUCCAACGGCCUCGCAUAGCAUUAUAAUCUAGCGCUAUCCUUGCUUCGCUUCGGCGACUUGACAGCCGAUCCCGCUCCGAUUGUCCGGUUACAGUAGCUAAACACCGGGCCAAUUGAUAACUUUCCGCGAUGUCGGUAGCAACAGCUGAGGCUCAUGCACUUAAAAAAGCGAACCCUUGCUGUAGUAGUAAUCAUAACUAACCGACCUUUUUCUUUUUUUCCUUCCCACAUCAUCCACUUCUCAUCUCAACUUGGCCUAACUUAACUUACAAGAUAAGUCAAGUUAUGGAACCUUCAGUUGAUCGGCAUUGAGCAGCUUAACUUUAGAUAGUCUAAGCUAAACUCGUCCUUUUUUCCCACUCUUACUUUGGCUUGUGAAACUAAAAAACCAACGCACGUCAUGGCCACCAGUCAGGAAGCAAUGAGCAAAACGACGGAGACGGCGCCUGUAAGGACAGGAAAGGCGACGGCUGAUGGGAAGAAGACGACGAUAAGAUAUCCCUUUUGGUUUGGCGGCAGUGCCAGUAGCAUGGCAGCUUGCGUUACACAUCCUUUGGAUCUUGUCAAGGUAACUCUUCACAGGUGUCUCGUAAUAGCAUAACAAACUCUUACACUCUUCUAGGUUCGUCUUCAAAUGCGCACAGGCAAUGCGCCCAAGAACAUGGUCGGCACGUUCGUCCACAUUCUUCGUCACGAUGGUCCCCUCGGUCUUUACAGCGGCAUAUCCGCCUCUCUACUACGCCAGAUGACAUAUUCAACCGUGCGAUUCGGCGUUUACGAAGAGGUCAAGACACGUCUUACACGCCGUAACGAAGGUCGCGAUCCAUCUUUUAUGACACUCGUUGCCCUAGCCGCUGGAUCUGGUUUCGUAGGAGGUAUUGCUGGAAACUUUGCCGAUGUUCUCAACGUGCGCAUGCAACAUGAUGCUGCGCUUCCCCCUGCUGAGCGCCGAAACUACCGUCAUGCUUUUGACGGUAUGGUUCGUAUGGCGCGUGAGGAAGGGCCUAAGAGCAUGUUCCGUGGAUGGUUGCCCAACAGUGGCCGUGCCAUGUUCAUGACUGCUGGUCAGCUUGCCAGUUAUGAUGUCUCGAAGAGUUUGCUUCUCCAGUAUACGCCCAUGGAGGAUAACCUCAAGACUCACUUUACUUCUUCUUUCAUUGCUGGUCUGGUCGCUGCUACUGUAACAAGCCCUAUCGACGUUAUCAAGACUCGUGUUAUGUCUUCAGCAUAUGAUCACAACAUCCUGCACCUGAUUCGCGACAUUCACCGAACUGACGGUCUUAUGUGGAUGUUUAAAGGCUGGGUCCCCAGCUUCCUCCGACUCGGACCACAAACUAUUUGUACAUUUGUCUUCCUAGAGAUGCACCGAAAGGCCUACCGCAAGGUUAAGGGGUUGGAUACUAACCUGUAGACUUGACAUGACAUGAUAGACCAGGAAGAUGGGCAUGUUUUGGCGUUGUCGUUUCGUCGUUUCGUCACUCAAGAGCGGUGAUCAUCCUGUUGGCGUUACUGCUUUGUUACUCAAGAUCUCUUACACGAGCUUCUUGUGUGGGAACCUGUUUUGUAAAACACACUCAGCAUAGAAGAGGACAGGGGCGGGUAUAGAAGUUAGCAUUGUCGUUCAGAGCACUAAAAUGUAUACGUCGUACCAUGAUUUGUCUCCUGAAAAAAAGAUCCCAUUCUAAGACCGU